UGUCUCGUACCAACUAUGGUGCGAAUGUUGGAAGCAUGGAGGCAAACCAAAUGGCUACAAUGGCGGCAACCCAUUCCUAUAUCAUCACUGCCCAUUCAUUCACUCUCUCCCACCAACUAGAGAGAGAAACUUCCAUCACUUAUGGGUCUCAAUAAGGUGGUCUCCUCCUUUAACAAAACCCCAUAACCAUAGAAAAGUUUUAGCUUCCUUUCUUCUUCAAGAUUCAAGCAAAAAAAGAGGUUCAUGGUUGGUUUGAUGGGAAAGGCAGCAGUUUCCCAAGUUCAGAAAGUUUUUUCAUUAUGGCUACAGAUGGCUUUAGCUUUGUAGACAAGGUAGAGAGAAAUAGUAAUAGUAGUAGUGAUUGUGCUAGGACUGUGAUGGUUGAUCAAUAUGAUCACUACCAUCCAUUUCCAUCAUGUGGAUUAGGUGGUGGUGGUGGUGAUGGUCCCACACGGUACAUCAAUAGGUGUAUCUCUAGUGAUAUAUACGAUGUUGUUGUCGCUGGUGGAGGCGGUGGUGCUCCUGGUGGUGCAGCAGAUGGUUUAAGAACUCUGCAGCCUUUUGACAUCUCUCCAUCUCAAACGGCUAUCACUGCCUUCAAAUCCCCAGGAAUAAUGGCAUCAUCUAUGGGGUUUCCUUUUACAAUUGCACAGUGGAAAGAGCUUGAGAGACAAGCUUUGAUAUAUAAGUACAUGAUGGCCUCUGUUCCUGUGCCUUCACAUCUUCUCUUUCCAAAUCCAAGAAAUCUCGACUCAGACCAGGCUGCUUGUCGUUCUUCUUUGGGUGGUGGUCUUAAUCUCAAGUUCACAAAUGGGGCAGAUCUACAACCGGGGAGGUGCAGGAGAACUGAUGGGAAGAAGUGGAGGUGCUCAAGAGAUGUGGCUCCUGAUCAGAAAUACUGUGAGCGUCACAUGCACAGAGGCCGUCCCCGUUCAAGAAAGCCUGUGGAACUCCAAGCCAACACCGAUAUUAACAAUAGCAAGAAGAAGACUCGUUAUACUCCUGCUAUUUCUGCAGAAUCUCCAGUUCCUGCUGCUGUUGGUUCUCAAUUUUUAGGUACCAUUUCGCAUCCAUACCUCCAGGCUAGUGACAAAGUUGCAAACUUUGAUGCUUCUCUGUCCUUUGCUUCAGCAUUCAAGGAACCCAGGAGUUUAGAGUGGUUGAUAAAAGGAGAACCUGCUGAUCAACAAUGGCACCAUGGAGGAGAAGCUCUGAACUUGAACUCCUAUGGGAAUUUCAGUGCAGGAGAUGAUCAACAGAGCAAUCACUCUACUUUAUUUCUCAAUGGUACACCUAGAGGUUUCAUUGAUGCAUGGUCUAAUGGAGCAUCAGAUGACCAGAGUGAAACCUCGAGAAACACUGGUUCUGGCGUUUCCUCAAAUGGGAAGCUUUCACAAUCCUCUCUGUCCCUUUCAAUGGGAGGUUUCAACAGCAUGGAUGACGAAAAGGGUCAGAUUCAAAUGGGUUUAGGCCUAAUAGAAUCAGACCAAAAUCGUGAAUGUUCCACAAAAUCGCUGGGUCUGGCCCCUGCUUCUUGGACAGGGGCUACGCCUGGUGGUCCUCUGGCAGAAGUCAUACAACUGAGUUCGGCGAACACUGGUAGUCAGUCAUCUCCAGCAGCUGAAAAUGGAGAAUCUGGGAGCCCUCCAGCAACUGCGGUUUCUUCGCCGUCUGGGGUUCUGCAGAAAACACUUGCUUCGUUUUCAGAUAGUAGUAGCAAUAGCAGCCCAGUAAUGGCGAGUUCUCAAAAGGCCAAAUCUGAGAUUGGGCUGUUGUGGUUGAAUUGAUGAGACAUUUUAUAGAUUAGAUUUUCAUGCUGCUUUUUUUUUUUUCUUCAUGCGGUUGUUUAAUGAUUUUGGCUUGUGAACUUGAACUCUUCCAUGAAUUUUUAUUCGGUGAAUUUUGAAAUCAA